UCUUCAGAUCCUCCAGUGCUUGUCAGGGUGAAUCACAACGUCUUCAGAUCCUCCAGUGGAAGGGGCGAAUCACAAUGUCUUCAGAUCCUCCAGUGGAAUGCUGCCAAUAACAUCGUCUUCAGAUCCUCCAGUGGAAUGCUGGAGGGAUGUCACAGGACAAAAAGAUCCAAGUCAAGAAAAUCCUACACCAAUGUCUUCAGAUCCUCCAGUGGAAUGCUGGAGGAAUGUAACGGACAAAAAGAUCCAAAUACAGAAAAUCCUACAAACCUGACAAAGGGCCAAGUACAGAAUAUCCUACAAACCUAUGAUGUAGACAUUUUCACAAUUACCCAAGUCCAGAAAAUCCAACAAACCUAUAAUGUAGACAUUUUCACAAUUAUGGAAGCAAACAUUUCGGAUGACAAACUGAAGUACUACCAAUUCCCAGGUUAA